CAAAUCACGUGCUAUAUGAAUAAUAUAUAAAUUGAGGAUUUCCAAGCCAAAUGUUUAGUGUGCGGACAACAGUAACUUAUACAGAUCUAAUAACUUUCUUCGCUUCUUUGAAAAUUAUUCGUCAAAAGACCCGAAGGCAGUUCACCAUUUGUGAACUUGGCCACCGGCCAAUUUUAAUCAUUUGGGCGCACGAUUCUUGGGAUAUAAAAUACAAAGCGUACAGCUAGCAUUUGCUAAGUGAUAUAAAGAUGAACAGUGUCACAAUGAAACUGAGUACAGUUCAUAAAGACUCUGUUAUCAAUGUUUGUAAUGAUGAUUUCAAUAUGAGAGAUUUACUGCGAUUAAAAACUAACUCAAGUGGAAGAGAAUAUAAAGAUGACCCUUUCUAUAUAUGCAACCUUGAUGAUGUUGUAAGGAAGUAUUGGAAAUUCCAAGAACAUUUACCACAAGUCCAACCCUUUUUUGCUGUUAAAUGUAAUCCAGAUCCAGUGAUAAUUGCUUUGUUAGCAUAUCUUGGUGUCAAUUUUGAUUGUGCAAGCAAAGGUGAAAUAAAAGCUGUUCUUGAUUUGGGCGUUGACCCAGAAAGAAUUAUUUUUGCAAAUCCAUGCAAGCAAAACUCUUUUAUCAAAUAUGCCAAUGAAAAAAAUGUCAAGAAAAUGACAUUUGACAAUGAAGCUGAACUAUAUAAGAUAAAGCAACAUUUUCCUGAUGCAGAACUUGUCAUACGCCUCAAGGUAGAUGACUCCAAGUCAUCUUGUCAGUUUGGAAUAAAGUUUGGUGCUACACUUGAAAGUGCUGAAAAACUCCUAAAUAUUGCUAAAGAACUUGGAUUAAAUGUUAUUGGUGUCAGCUUUCAUGUUGGAAGUGGUUGCUAUGAUGCAUCAUUGUAUUAUGAUGCAGUAAAGUUAUCUGCAACAGUUUUUGAACAAGCCGAGAAUCUUGGGUUUAAUUUCACUUUGCUGGACAUUGGUGGUGGAUUUCCUGGUGUAGAAGGAGGAAAGAUUUCUUUUGAAUUAACUGCCUCUCAGCUGAACCUUGGAAUUGAAAAAUUUUUCCCUCCUGAGAGAAAUGUAAGAAUAAUUGCAGAACCAGGGCGUUACUUUGUAGCAUCUGCAUUUACUUUAACUUGCAAUGUUACUUCAAUAAGAGAAGUAAGUACCAACAAAAACAGUCCACCUGGUUUCAUGUAUUAUUUAAAUGAUGGGGUUUAUGGUUCAUUCAACUGUAUUUUGUUUGAUCAUCAAUCGCCUACACCAUUAACUCUGCAUGAGACUGAUCAUUGCCCUCGAUAUAAGUGCAGUCUUUGGGGACCAACCUGUGAUUCAAUGGAUUGCAUAUCUAAAGAUUCCUAUUUACCUAAACUUAUGAUUGGUGAUUGGUUAUAUUUUGAAAAUAUGGGUGCUUACACGAUCGCACCGUCAAUUAAAUUUAACGGAUUCAAACCUCCUGUUGUUUUCUACAUGUGCACUCAAAGUAUGUAUGAGGAAAGUAUGUCUCCUAGUGAUGUGGUUGCAUCUGUUAAGAAGUGUGGUAUCAGUGGUAUCUGUGGGAAGACUGGUAUUUUAGAAAGUGUUGUAUGUUAAAGUGUGAAACUAUUUUUUUUAGAGUUUCUUUAAAAGAAUGUUUCUUUAGAAGAGAAAAUCUGUAGAAGAAAUGUUUCUUUUAAAGAAAAUCUUUGACAAAUAUUAUGAAGACUAUGUCUGAUGUUAACUUAUUUUCAAAGAAAACAUGUAGCUUAAUUUUAA